AUGCUCAGAGGACUCUGCAAGGCCAUGUUAUGGGAUGUGACCAGCUUGCAGUUUGAUGAUACCCGCGUUGUCAGCGGCGGUAGUGACGGCCGCGUCAAAGUCUGGGAUCUGAAGACCGGGCAUCUAGUCAGAGAGCUCAUUGCACAGGGCGAAGCCGUGUGGCGAGUUGCUUUUGAGGAUGAGAAGUGUGUUGCCAUGGCUCUGCGUAACAAUCGGACGGUCAUGGAGGUGUGGUCUUUCUCCCCACCGGAAGAAGUCAUGUAUGAGAGACCUCUUUCUCUCCCACAAAGACCCUUGGACGGGUCCGCUCGACCCAUGAGUGCUUUGCCUCUUGAGUAUUCUCAAGGCCUCCUCCCAGGGCUCGUCCGCAGAGGAUCACCCAACCAAGAUGUCGACAUGAGGGAUGCCGGCCCUUCCACGGCUCCUCUACAGCAGGGAAGCCAAACAUUCUUCCAUGACGACUAG